UUUGGGGUCCUAUAACUCCACCUCUCCAUCUCUCAUCCUGGGCGGUACAGUCGCAGCCCUUAUAUUGGGUUUUUCCACUUUACGCACUCCAAGACCGAAAAUUAUGGGAAUUAAAGUCUGUAUCUGUUAUGUUAUUAUUUUUUUUAACCUCCUUUUGGUAUUUUGUCAGCAUUAAUGUCAGCUUGAAGUACGUUUCCAUCAGGUGUCCUAUAUUUUCAUAAAGUCACCUCUAUUUAUUUGUUUAUUUAUUUUCUACGCCAGCCAUCGCGCUUUGGAUUUAAUGGAUUGAUUUUUUUUUAAUAAGGACUCUUUCGUUCAUUGUAUUCUACUGGAUGGUACCAGAAGUUUGGAAAGUCCACAGUUGCUCGUUUAUCCCGACAAACUGGAUCUAAAAUGAAAAGCCACUGGUUUGUAUUUACGGUGUUUUGUUGGAGUUCCUGUUGUGUGUUCCUUGGUGCAGGUAACAGUUAUUUGUUUGACAGCACCAGCGAACUACAUUCGAGAUCCACACAUCGGCGUUUACGCACUCAGGAAAAGAGAGAGAUGCAGAAAGAAAUUCUGUCCAUCCUGGGACUGGCGCACAGACCCAGACCGCAUCUAUGGAAUGCCAAGUACAACUCUGCACCCCUUUUCAUGCUGGACCUCUACAAUGCAAUUAACCUGGAAGAGAAAAGCAAAGUUGACGGGAUUUUGGACCCUUAUAAGCCAUUGUUCACAACUCAAGAGCCCCAUUUAACCACAAUUCAAGACAACGUGUACUUAAAUGAAGCUGACAUGGUGAUGAGCUUUGUGAAUUUAGCAGUGGAAUAUGACUGGGAGUUGUCUCCGGAAGACAGAAGACACCAUAAGGUAUUCAACUUCAAUCUGUCUCAGAUCCCGGAGGGAGAGACAGUUGCAGCAGCAGAGUUCAGGAUAUACAAGGAAUGUGUGGGCACUGCUUUUCACAAUGAAACCAUCCAACUGAGUGUUUUUGAGGUGGUUGGCAAGCAUCUCGACAGAGAUGCAGACCUUUUUCUUUUGGAGUCCCGCCAGCUGUGGGCAGUGGAUGAAGGCUGGCUGGAGUUUGACAUCACAGCUACUAGUAACCUCUGGGUAAUGAAUCCACAUCAUAAUCUGGGCCUGCAGAUCAGUGUGGAAACUACCAAUGGACAGAGCAUAAGCCCUAGAGAGGCAGGACUAGUCAGUCAGGAUGGACCUCUGGAGAAACAGCCCUUUAUGGUGGCCUUUUUCAAGGUAAAAAAGUUCCACAUACGCACAACCCGCUCUAUAGGAAAACCCAGACAGCAGAGCCGCAAUCGUUCCAAUUAUCCACAGGAGGCACAAAAAGGCUCAGGAUACACAGCAGAUUAUAAUAGCAGUGAUCAGAAGACAGCCUGCAAAAAACAUGAACUAUAUGUUAGCUUCAGAGACCUGGGCUGGCAGGAUUGGAUAAUUGCACCUGAAGGCUUUGCAGCUAAUUACUGUGAUGGAGAAUGCUCAUUCCCAUUAAAUGCUCACAUGAAUGCUACAAAUCAUGCUAUUGUACAGACUCUGGUGAGGCAUAACUUACCACAAAGUCCACCUGAUGAACCCUGAGAACGUACCAAAGCCGUGCUGUGCUCCAACGAAGCUCCAUGCCAUCUCUGUGCUGUAUUUUGAUGAUAACUCCAACGUCAUCCUGAAAAAAUACAAGAACAUGGUGGUGCGUGCAUGUGGCUGUCACUGAUAUUAAGAAGGUCAUGCAAGAUUGCCCCUGCCAAACAGCUUCACCUCAGAAUGUGGGAGCAUGUGUGUGUAAGAGAAAGUUGUUCAGAAUACUUGGGGAUCAUUUUUGGGAACAUUAAGGAUUACAUGAGGAAUGUAAUUUUUAUUUCUAUUUCCUGUCAGUCACAAUCUGGAAAGUAUGGACACUGAGCAUCCUGUAUACACAUUUAUAUAUAAUAUAUUUUAUAUUUAUUCUGUAUUUAACCAAAGUUUUAUUUUACCAAUUCAUAUUGUCAAUAAGAAAUAAAUGACUAAUGUUACAUACAUUCAUAUAAUAGCACACACACACACACACACACACACACACACACACACACACACACACACACACACACACAAAAAGCAUCAGUUAACUUUAACAUCGGGACUGUUUUUAGGCCUUAAUAAAAUGGCAAAUCUGACUCUUCUGUUCUCUCAAAAGCUACUUUACACCUUAGUCAACAAAAGUUGACACCUGAGACAAAAUGUGCUUGUAUGUGUCUAUGUAGGUAUUUUUGUGGCAUUUGUUUAAUACCUGCACAACAGGUUGGAAAAAAGACAUUUUAGUUUUUAAAAACACUUUUAUGGUGGCUUUAAUAAUACAGUUUGCAAAACAGAUUGGGGUCCUACAAACUUUAGUACAUAUCACCCUAGUGUCCAGUUACUGUAUAACUAAAGAGAACAAUAAAAAUAUAUAUAAAUUAACUUAAGUAUAAAAUGUUGGCUAAAACCAUUUGGCUGAAGGUGGCCAUGUUUAUGAACAAGAUACCCAGUAGAACUAAAAAUCCAACUUUAGUAGGACAAUUCAGUCCUUCCAUUUUCUGGUUCACUUAUCCUAGACAGGAUCAGGGUGACACAGGGCACAAGGCUGUGGACACUCUGGAUGGGAUACCAACCCAUCACAGGGCACGAAAGCAUAAGCACACCCAUUCAUUCAAUUACAGUUGUUUUGUGUCGCAAGCCGUGGCCUAAUGGUUAGAGAUUCUGACUCGUAACCCUAAGGUUGUGGGUUCGAGUCUCGGGCCGGCCACGACUGAGGUGCCCUUGAGCAAGGCACCGAACCCUGCUCCCUGGGCGCCGCAGCAUAAAUGGCUGCCCACUGCUCCUGCUGUGUGUGCACUUUGGAUGGGUUAAAUGCAGAGAACGAAUUCUGAGUAUACUAUGCCAUGCUUACCUUCAUUGAUUCACAUUUAGAAGACAUGCUGUCUA